AUGUCCCUUCGUUCAACGCUGCGAAUACCAACCCUUUUCUACCUUAUGCUACUUUAUAAUGCUGCCUUCUUACUGAGCUUUGUCCGGGCGGCGGCCUCGUUCACAUGGAGUCUGAGCACACCCAUUCAGUGUGCAAAUAUGACACUUACUGUCAACGGUGGCGUUCCACCGUACCAGCUGCUGGUCAUCCCAGUCGGGAAUGUCGUCCCAGAGACGCGACGGAUAUUAGCCUUGAAUACAUCCAGCAACACUCUCACUUUCGAGCUCAAAUAUCCAGCCAAAUCACAGUUUCUAGCCGUUGUGAGCGACUCGACCACAUUUGCUAGCGGUGGGACGGGUGUCCCGGUUACUGUAGCGGCAAACGAUGACGCAUCGUGCCUGACAAACGUACGGUUUUCAUGGGACAACAAUAGUCAAGGUCAUGUUAGUAUCAUUGGCAUCAUCCCGGGAGGGGAAACUUUCAGGCUCGACGCGCCAAACGAUAACAGCUUUUUCAACUGGACGGUGAACGCACGCGCAGGGACAACUGUGGAAUUGAUCGCAGGCGAUUCUAGAGGCCCGGGUACGGGAGGUAGCACGACAUUCUUGCAAAUCGGCGAUGGUCCGAAUUCGUGUAUAAAUGAUCUGAGCCCGAGUAGCACAGCAGGCUCUCCUGCUGGGGGGAUUACCGCCACGCCGUCAUCGUCCGCGACGACCGGAGGCGGCGUGCCAGCGACUACGAGCGCAUCACAGUCUGCGGGCCCAAGUACCGGUGGCAAGAAAUCAAAUAAUACCGGAGGCAUAGUCGGCGGCGUCAUAGGCGGUCUUGUGGGCCUUGCUCUCAUCGCCGCUCUUAUAUUAUUCUGCCGUCGUCGCGGCGCCCAAGAACCCGAACCAAGCCGAGUAGACCUCAUGUACGGUGAAGAACCAAACGGAAACGAUUCUCAACCUCCCAUGAUAGAACCAGGAUUCUAUCAAUCCGAACCUUUCAACGUUCCAGACCCCUCCACAGGUCGCCCAUCAACAGAUUUCGACUUUUCAAAUGGUCGAAGGGUUUCGACGACUACCUCAUCAAAUGCAGCCUUACCGCUCGGUGCUGCGCCACCCCGAGAUAUGAGCAGAAGGCAGUCGCAACAGUCGAUGGCGCAGAUGACCCAAGUGUCUGACCCCGUUACGAAUAGUAACGGCGGUGGUUCCAGGCCAAGAACUAAAGAUAGCAAGGCGCACCCUCCUAGCUCGAUGCGUGCUGUUAACAUUGUCCAGCACACCGAUGCAGGGGCUCUUGACGCAACGGAACCUCCACCUCCUGUCCAAGAGCAGAUUGUUGAACUGCCACCUACAUAUUCCGAAGUUCGGAAAACGAAUAAAAAUACGGAGGAGCAUCAAUAAGUCAUUCGGAAGCGCGCCGCCAAAGAGUUGAAAGAUAAAGAUGAUGAACCUUCAAUGCUGGCUUUUGAACCUCCAACCUACUAAUUUCUUCCCCUUCUUCUCUCUGAGCAUCGGAUUAAUAUCCAACGAUG